AUGAUUUAUUGCGUUUCAAGAACCUACUCCAAAUCAAAUGAAACAUAACAUCAUAAAAACUCAUCACUUAGCACCAUUAAUUCAAAACCUCCAGAAACUAAUAAUAAUUCAAUACAUGAUUUAUAUGUCUCCAACAAUAUGAUGCUUAGUAUGUUAACUGUAUCAGGACAAGAUUCUAAUAAUUAAUCAUAAAUCACUUCAAAUACUUAAAAAGAAGAUAAUCAAUUCUAUUCAUAUCGAUAAUCAUUACAAAAACAAUUAUCUGAAAGAAAAAUUAAAAGAAACUACGAUUUAGAACCAAAAACUAGAGAAAAUAACUCAAGACAAUCAAUUAAUAUACCUGAAUAAACUGAACCAUAGUAAAGCUAAAGAUAAAGUAGUAGAACUGUGCCAAAUCUAUUCAAGACAUCAUAACUUUAUACCCAAACCUAAAAAUAAAUCAAUCCAUUGUUAUUUAAUUCUUCUUCAAAUGAGAUCAGCUUUGGAUAAUAUAAAUUUAAAAAAAAUGAAAUUCUAUAGGAUGCAAACUCUAUUUCAAAUGCUCCAGAAGAUGAUGCCAUGAUUCAUUUACCUAUGAAAUUUCAACCAUUUCAGUUCAAAUAAUAUAAAUAAUGA